AUGUCCCUCAUCGACAUUUCCAGGGAUGUCGCGGCCCUCCGAGAAUUAACGAUCCAGGAGUUCACCAAGCUGAACAGAGAAGUGAAAGAGCUGAAGUCGAAGGUCACUACCUUGCAGAGGCAACUUCAUAAACAGUCAGCUCUCAACCAUGGUGGACUCGUAGCCUCCCCUGAGCACGACGACAAGACGAUACUCUACACUCUGAGUACGCUGGCUCUCGAUGAGGCCGUGGAGGAUGCUGUCGCCAGCGAUAGGACUGAGGACACUCUAGAGGCAUUAUCGAUGGAGACUUCGCUGGAGGGCAGUACUGAAACGACCGAGCCGCACUGUGAGGGUGGGAAAGAGGCUGAAGGGAGCAAGGGGUUGGUCGUGGGCAGAACCCCAAAGAAGUCCGUAUCGUCGUCAGCUGCCGGCGCUCAGCCUACGUCCACUAAGAAGCGACGCCGGCUAGAGGUGGACACAUCUUAUUUGGUUGAAACGGACUUGACGGUGAAGCACGAUGGGAAAAUACUGUGUGAUCUAUACCGGUUCUCCCUCUGGCCUAAAGGAAUGCUCUCGAGUCAACUCCGACAGCAGUUAAAGAAGGUCCCCUGUAUACGAGAACUACUGGCAAAGGGCGAUCUAUCCAUACAAGGGAUCUCUAAAGAAGGCCAUUCGAUUGACCUCGAUGGAGUCAUCACUGCCAACGACGGAGAUACCCCAAACAUGCAAUGCGGUGGUCGUCUGACUUAUUUGCACAAAAUUUCCGUAGAUGAUACCUUGAUGGCUAUUGUCUACACCAACUUUACUACGGGCAACUGA